UAAGGUUCCUAAUAAAAGUUUUUGUCCGGCGUCCAUCGCAAGCGGAAUCACCUUCAGUAAUCGGUUUAUUUUUACAAUAAUCAAUAUUUUUGGUAAUCACAUCCGUUUCCUAAUCUGCAAAUCUGCAAAGCCAUGCCCACCAUCAAACCCAAAUAAAUACGGUAAUCAGUUUUUUUUAGUAAUAACAUUUGUUCAUGAUAGCAUCAAGUUUUUGCAACCGUCGGCUUGUUUGGUUUUAGGGUUUAUUGUUUGGUCCACGUUCAAUUUAAGAUUGUUUUUUAAUUCAUGUUUAUUUCUUGUCAAUUGAGGUAUAAUUUCCCUGGUAAUUAUGUUAUACUUAAGUUUCAUGUACUUAAUUUCCCCCCUUUUAUUUUCAAGUUCUGAUCUAGCGUAAUUAAGGCUCAAUAUCUAUGUAAGUUGCAUCUUGCCUUUCAAAUUCAUGGCUUGAGUAGCACUUAGAAGUAGGGGAUCACGAAUGGGAUUGAAAUCAAGCAAAUUUCCAAUAUUCCCCAAAUUCAAAACCCAAAACUUUAGUUUUCCUCAAAUCCGAAAUCCUAAUUUCAUUUCCCCCAAUAUCAAGAACUCUAACCUCCUAAAUUAGACAAUCCCGAACCCAAAAAAACCCCAAAUUGAUCAAAUCUUGAAACAAUUAGGGCCUUUGCUAACCGAAUUAGGACUUACGGAUCGUCCAAGAUAACUACACGAGGCAUGAGCUAUGUCAUCAUGCGCAUCUCCGAUAUCCUCCUCCGUUAUCAUGCGGGUGAUGUGCUACUUCAGCUGCGCCGUGUACCGGCCAUAUUUCGCCGCCUGGACAAUCCCGCGCAUGCCUGACUUGGCCGUGUGACAAUGAGGCUCGCCUCUUCUACAGCCUCAACCACACCAAGGAGGAGAACCAUGGUUGGGGAGCGGACCAUUGACCUCAGGCCACCGUGCGCCAUCGCCGCCGUCGUCAUCACCUUGACAUCGCUGUCCUUUGUGCAUAUGGGCACCCUGCUCGGGUAGACUUGGUGAUGUCGACUCACGGCGCACUAUCGGCUUGACCUUCGUAUCCGUGCACGGCCUAAGCCCGCCACACACAGGCACGCCGUUGCGAAUCAUCGCCACCGUCGCCUAGCUCCCUUGCUCACACCGGAGAAAUCGGGGAAAAUGGGAGAAAUGGCCUAAGAUUAAGGUUUUUCAGAAAACCCUGCUUCCAUGAUCAGUUUGAAGCACCCUGCAGGACUGAUUUAUUAAAGUUUAACCAUACAAACAGAAAACUAAGCGCACAACUGUCAUGUAAACUUUUGAAAUAUUUUGUAACGUAGUUUAUGCUGCCAUCGAAGGAUACUAUGGAAUUUCACCCUAAAAUAUGACCUGUGUACAAGGAGAUUUUUUUUAGAUAAUGUGUACAAGGAGAUAUCGGCUAAAAAGAGAAAUAUGCUCAUAAUCUGGAGUGAUUUGUAGCUUUUCCUUUCUUUUAUUUUUGGGGGAGUAAAAUAUGUCAAAAAUAGUUUAGGGGCCGGUCAAUUGUAAAAAAAGUAAAUAGAUUGAGGUAGUUUUUUUUUUCUGGCGACCUAACCCAUUAUAAAAAAAUCAGCGACUUACGUAAAAUGUAUAAAUUAAGCGCGCUGCUAUUUAACGGCGACUGAUGGCGGAAACAUGAAUUAGAGAUUUUUUUUUAGAUAAUGGAACUUUUUAUUGAACUUAGACUAGAUCGCCAUCCAUAUUCCUGGGUAAAAAACAAAGACUAAAUUGCCACUCAUGAACAACUCAUUGGCCAUUUCCUCUAAAAGCACAGAGUUUUAAGGGCCACCAAUUCUAAGACUAGAUCGCCAUCCAUAUUCCUGGGUGAAAAACUUCUUAACCAUCUUCUCCAAAUAUUGACAUACCACAACUACCAUAUCCUGCGAACCAGGCAACCAAACUUCUAUAGGAUAGCCUAUGUACGAAGCCAAUGGAUAAGAGAAUAUAUAACCUUCAAAUGGAUGUGAGGAUACUAAUUAAAAGUCAUGGAGGAAGCCUAAACACUGUAUGGCCUAAUCAGUUUGAUGAUUAUAUGUGAGAAAAAAAAUGCUGGAUCGGAGGGCCCAAGCUACUGAUCGUUCCACCCUGCAGUCUCCGCCACUAUGGAAUGUACCUCGUUGCUGUCUAGCUGCCUGAAGCAUGUGGAUCACACGCCACAAAGUUUAUAUGUGGAUGAGAUUUUUUUCAGGAUUAUAAUCUUGGGAGUGUUGCAAAUUAAUGUCAUAUAUAUAUGGACCAUAUGUGAUAGCCCUUAAUUUUCGCACUUUUCGGUGGUAGAGAUUGAUUGUCCUGAAUGCGGACAAACACAGCAGCAAUAUAUACGUGGGGAAACAACAAUUAAUUACCAUCCCACUUUGUAAAUAUAUAUUUGUAUAUAUAUCAUUAAUUGUUGUAGGCGUGAUAAACGUGUACAAUCACCAUUUGCAUCUAUAAAUAUAAUGGCACCAUGAUUUCUAUAUCUAUAUAUGCUACUUGUGUGUUGAACCUCCCAGUUGUAUACACUCCUAAAAAGAAGUUAUUAGGUCUCCUCCUGUAUCACAUUAUCCACACUCUUAGUCUUAGCUAUAUGGAAAUUGACUUUGGCAUGGUUGAAGGGGACGGAGAAAAUAGCUAUGCGAAGAACUCGAAGCUUCAAAUGUUUCAGGAGAGCAACAAUGGGGAAUUCCUAAAUGAAGGGAACAUUUACAUCGCCAAGACUACCCCUAAAUCGGUGAUAAAGCUAUACCAAGAGCUAUUUUACGAUGAUUUCUCAAAGUUUCUUGAGUUGCGCUACCAGGAACUUGUGUCUGGUGGUCAGAUGGUGCUUAGUUUUCUUGCAAGGAAGAAAGAUGACCUAUAUGAUGGAAACCUAAGUGUUCUUUACGGAUUAAUCUCACAAGCAUUGCAAUCUCUAGUUAUGGAGGGACUCGUGGAGAAGGAAAAGCUUGACUCCUUCAACAUUCCAAAUUACGAGCCAUCUAUCCAUGAAGUCAAAACAGUGGUGAUAAGCAGCAAGCUUUUCACCAUCAACAAAAUUUACGUCUUUGAGUCGAACUGGGAUCCUUAUGACGACUCAUCAGAUCAAGGACAAGCAACUAAUAUUAAUCCUAUCAAGAGUGGCUUGAACGUCGCCAAGUGCAUUAGAGCUGUGCUUGAGCCGUUGAUCGCUAGCCAUUUUGGAGAAUCUAUACUAGACGUGCUCUUCUCUAGGUUCGCACGUAAUGUCACCCAGCACCUUGAGAAAAGGAAGGGAAAGCACAGCGUCAUUGUGCUGUCGCUCAGCAAAAGAAAGAAUUAAUCACAAGAGCGGAUGGAGCAUGAGAAUUUAGCCGUUAAUUUCCUCUUAUUUUGAUUUGUAAUGGUGGUAAUGGCCUGGUCAUUGUGUAGUUUGUGCUUGUUCAAGCCUUUUGUGUGUUCUGGAAUGCACCAUAGUAUUUUGUAGUUUAAUAAUUCUUAAAUUUAGAAUUAAUAGGUAUUGAGCUGUAUCUGUGUUGGAAUUUGCUUGUAUUAUAUUGUACAAGGAAAUAUCAUUUCUCUAAAAUUAAUGAUUAUCCGGUUGUACCUAACAUGAACUGCUAUUGUUUUUAUCUCAAUCAUAUUCAUCUAAUAUUUUUUUCUUUCUUUUUUUUUGAAUUUCCGUUAGUUUGUACGUAGUAAA